AUGGAAAAAAUAUUCUCAUGUAAUUUUAUUACAAUAAUAGAUUAGAUCUGAAAGCUUGCGAUAUUUUUGCUCAAUCGCCUUCUUUAGGAAUGAAUCAAUAAUCAACUUAUCAAUCAACAUUUGGUGGAUUUACAUCAAUAACAACUAUUUUUCUGGUGUUUCUCUUUUUCUCUAGCAAUUUCCUGGACUAUAUAUCGGGGAAGAACAUUAUAACGAAGUAAACCUAAGUCUAUGAUAAUGAUCUUUCGAACCUUAAACUUGAUGAUCAAGAUUUCAUUAUAGCACUUGGUAUAGAAUAAUAGAACUUUUUACAAAACCCCUUCUUUUCAGUCACUCUGCAACAGAGGUAAUUUUAUUCAUCAUCCUAAAACAGAGAAUACGAAAGAUUGGAAAACGGGUCGUUUUCAAAAAAUAUCACUUAACUUCCCCUUGAGCCAUGCACACUGGAAAGAUUCUAAACUGUAUUUUAAAAAUAUGGUAAAAACUUCUCAGAAGACUUCAAUCAUUUGAAUUUAGAGAAUUUGUUGUGUCCAAAGUAUUUUAUAGUAAAAUAUAUUAUAGAAAUAACAUCAGCAUGAAUAUUGGUGGUACAUUUGCAUGUAUAUAAAUUUUGUUAAAUUAGCCAACUAUUUUAAUUUUCUUAAAGUUGAAGUCACACCUUGCAAUCCAUCUUAAAUUUUAGAAAACAGCACAUGUGCUUCUGAUGAUUCAUUAUAAGAUCAUUUAAAUUAAAUAGGAGCAUUUAAAGUACAAGUGUAUUUGAUUAACAAAGUAUGACAUAUCCCACAAUUAUUUAGGUAAUCAAUCCAAAUAAAAUUGGAUCAGACUACAUUUCAGUAUUUUUGGAUGAUUCAAGUUAUUUAUCAUUUGUUCCUAAAAAAUUAAAUAAGUAUGCAAAUAUUUAUUUUCGAGAAUAUAGAUUUAGCAACAAUUUAGAUUUCUUUCCAUUUAAGUAAAUUUGAUUUAUACCCCUUAGGGAUAAUUAAAACUUAAACUUUAUUUCAAUAGACAACACCGAAACGAAAGAAGUGAUUGAUUUAGGAAGAGAUUCAGACUUAUCAUAUGCGUCUUUUUAUUUUAGGAAAAGUCCCAUCAUAAUAUCAGUUGAAAGAAACAAUCAGAGUGUUACUGAUUUAUUAUCAAAAUUGGGAGGAUUACUGUAGAUAUCGCUUAUAGUAAUGGGAUUUAUAAUAGCGGCAUACAAUAAAUAAACAAGUAAUGAUUUGGUAUAAGUUUAGUGAUGGUGGAGUUGUCAAAUAAAAUAUAUGAAUUUAGUACUGAUGCGGAUGAAUAAAAUAAAUAGCAUUAGUUAAAUCUUGAUUUAAUUAAUAAUGUGUAUGAUGAUAGACAAUUUCGACAUGAGUAUUAUAUUAACAAAGAAGGACAAUAAUAAAUUGUGCCAAAUAGUUAAAUCAAGCAUAAGAGUAAGAUAUUUAGGCUUUUUGGCAAGGGUCAAUAAGCUGAAUAGCAUAUUAUUUUGACUGACAGACCAACAACUGAGAAUAAUGAAUGUAACAACUAAAACUCUUAAGACAAUGAUGAAAAGAGUAACCAAUUUACGUAGUAGGCAAUAAAAGAUCAUGGGUUAUUGGCAUAAAAGUUGAAAUGUGUAAGUGGACUAGAUUAUUUUAAAAAAUAGAUCAAUCUAAUUUUAAAUAGAUCUUAAACAUUACGAUUCAACAUAUAAAUAUUUCUCAAUUAGAUUUGCUUUCGAAAGGUCUUUUCAAAUUCUCAAUCUGUUUAGUUUUUCAAUUCUGCACUGUAAUUCUAUUGUAAUAUAAUUUAAGUGACAAAAUAAACGAGCAACUAGAUGUAUUAAACAUAAUUACCAAGUUAAAUGAAAUUGAUAAGAUGAAAGAAAUAUUGCUAACUAAUUCAUAACAGCUUUUAUUCAACUUUACAUCUAAACCCAUAAUCUCUUUGGAAGAAGAUAAAGAAAUGCCAUUCAAUAGAACCAUUCUAGAAGAAAGAGCAAGAAAUACAUUGUAAAUUAAUGUAAUAAUUAGGAAUGAGACAAUUUGUGAUGAAAAGAAAAAAAAAAGUUAUUAAAAACGUAAACCAAUAUUUAAGCAAUUCAAUCGAAAUGGAAAUUUAGAUAAGGAUUUGAGGAUUUAUAAUAGAAUCUAUAGAGUAUUAUUAUCAUAAUAAUUUAGGCAUAUGAUACGAUUCUUUAAUAAAGUUCAGAAUAAAACCCAUAGCAUGAUGUCAAUAAAAAAUUAAUCAAGAAGCUUGGAGACGAAAUACAAGCUAUUUUCAAAUUAUCAAAACUGCUAGAUUUUGAUGGACUAAGGAGACUUCGAGCAAAUUCGAAUAAUGAUAUGUUCUGUAGAAAUACUUAGCAUAUACCAGAUGAGAUGUUAAGUAAAUGA